UGAGAGGGAGCUCACUCUUCGAGGCCACAUCGAAGGAACGCACUGCUCCAAUGGACGACUUCGGUCGCUCUUCGCCGAUCGUCUUCUCCAGCGGCGGCGCCGACGACUCCAUCCUCUCCGGCGGCGAGCCUAGUUCCCAAGCCGGAAGCGCUGCUGGGAGCUUUCAGAACGAUGGACUGCUUUCCGGGUUCGCUACCCCUUCCGGCGACGCGACAGGCAUCAGCGACGCCGAUUUCGGGUUCCAGCGCCCUGAUUUCGGCCGUGACCAUCUGGUGGGCACCGUCCAGGAGUACGAUCGCCAUGUCUUUCUCUGCUACAAGACUCCUUUUGUGUGGCCUUCCCACCUUGAGGCUCCCGAGUCCGACCGCCUCCCUCGCCUCCUCUCCGCCGCCCUCGCAGCUCGAAUGCCUGAUAUCAAACGCAAGACACGCUUGACCAUAUGUGAAGGAGAGGACGGAACUGAAUCAUCAAAUGGAGAUAUAUUGAUCUUUCCAGACAUGAUCAGAUACAGGCAAUUGACACAUUUUGAUGUCGAUAAUUUUGUCGAAGAAGUUCUUGUCAAAGACACUGAGUGGCUCUCUGGAGCAGUUGAGACGCUGACAGGUUCCUAUGUUUUUGUAUGUGCUCAUGGAAGCCGUGAUAGGAGGUGUGGUGCUUGUGGGCCUGUUCUCGUUCAAAAAUUUAGACAAGAGAUUAACUCACGAAGCCUUCAAGAACAAGUUUUUGUUAGUCCUUGCACACAUAUCGGGGGUCACAAGUAUGCUGGAAAUGUCAUCAUAUUUAGCCCAAAUAGUAGUGGAGAAGUGACUGGUCAUUGGUAUGGAUACGUUACCCCAGAUGAUGUCCGUGCAUUGCUUGAACAGCAUAUUGGAAAAGGUGAAAUUUUAGACCGUCUUUGGAGGGGCCAAAUGGGCUUGUCAGAAGAGGAACAGAGAAAAUCGCUAGAACUUCGCCUUAAACUGAAUUCUGGGGCCACAGAUGAUAAAAUUUCUUCAGAGUCCAUGCAAUCCGCUUCUGAAACCAAUAGCUCAAUGAAUGGCGUAAAGGCCUCCGCAGCUAGUGGCUGUCCGGGAAUGGAAAACUCAGGUUGUUGCCAGAAUGGUGCCAUGAAGGAAAAAUUGGAAAAUAAUCCAAUAGUUGAGGAUGAUGCCCAGAUGAUUAUGGAGAAGAAGAGCAACAAGGAAAGCAAGGCCAAUAACAGCAAAGGCGCCAGUGCUCGAAAGCCAUGUCCAAUGCCAACUUGGUACGAGUGCUGGGAACGUGAGGAUACCUAUGCUGUUUUUGCUGUUGUUGCAGCUUUGGCAUCAGUUGCUGUUGCUUACGGCUAUUAUAGGCAACUCAAAUGAGGAUCAUAUACUCUCAUGUUAAUGGCAAUAGUUAAUUUCAUGCUGAUAUAGCUUUUGCUAUUGUUGUAUUGCCUGUUGAUGAUGAUAAUCGUUGGUAAUGUGUUGCUCUGUUCAAUCAAGUUGCAAUACUGCAAACAGUUUCCCAAGUUUAUAAUACAUUUGCAAAUUUCAGCCUAAACGUUGUCUACAAGCAACAAUAAAUAGGCAAACCACA